AUGUCCUUAUUUUUUAUGGCUAAUACAGCCGUUUCAGUACCUCCAGUUUUAGAUACAACACCAUGCAUGAAACAAAUGUUAUAAUAUGAAGAUUGUGUUUUUGAUGCUAAUGUAGCUUAAUAAGAAUGCUUUCAUCCUUAAUGGCCUACAAUUUGGCCUCGUCUUCUUACUGAUGGUAAAUUAUUAGAAUUCGAUAAAGUUCCUUUCUAACCUGAAACUCAAAGACCAUUAACCAAAAAAAACAAAUAAUAUUUAUAUGAAUGCGAAGAAGAAAGAUUUGUCUAUAAAAGCUGUUUGAGAUAAACUCUUGCUUUACAAAGAACAAGCAAACAUACUUCUUGGGAUACUGCAGAAGUAGCAAACUUAUAGUUAGCAUGA